AUGGGUGAGGGAAGAGGCAGUGUUAGUAGCACAAGUGUUUUUACAAUGCUAUUAGUAUGUAUGUUUGUGUUUCAUUCUAAGAUGAUUUAUGCAGUAACGUACAGUGUUGGUGAUGGGCAAGGUUGGUCCUUUGGUGUUCAAAACUGGCCUUCCGGAAAAAGUUUCAAGGCAGGCGACACACUUGUUUUUAAGUAUGACCCUAGGGUACACAAUGUAGUGAAAGUGAACCAGAAUGGCUACAAUUCAUGUGUGGCUGGUGGAGGAUCAGCAACUUAUAAAUCUGGAAAUGAUAUGAUUACACUUGUUAAGGGAGCCAACUACUUCAUAUGUGGUGUUCCUGGUCAUUGCGAUCUUGGACAAAAAAUUGCCGUCAACGCAAAUUAA